CCCCAGCCCCGCCCCCGGAGGUGCGUCUCCACGCGCCGGAAGGGGCGGUGCGCUGGCGGGACAGCCGCGUGCGGGCGGGCGGAAGCGGCGGCAGCCGCGCGUAGCAACUUCCGGCGGAGCGGGCGGCGGUCGGAGCGGGAGCGCUCGCAGCCGCAGCCAUGACGGUGGGAAAGAGCAGCAAGAUGCUGCAGCACAUCGACUACCGCAUGCGGUGCAUCCUGCAAGACGGGCGCGUCUUCAUCGGCACCUUCAAGGCCUUCGACAAGCACAUGAACCUCAUCCUCUGCGACUGCGACGAGUUCCGCAAGAUCAAACCUAAAAAUUCAAAACAGCCAGAGCGAGAAGAGAAACGAGUCCUCGGUCUCGUGUUGCUACGAGGAGAAAACCUGGUGUCCAUGACAGUGGAAGGGCCACCUCCAAAAGAUACUGGAAUUGCCCGAGUGCCCCUGGCCGGAGCUGCUGGAGGACCUGGCGUUGGGCGGGCGGCCGGGCGGGGCGUGCCGGCCGGGGCACCCAUGCCGCAGGCCCCAGCAGGACUAGCUGGCCCGGUCCGAGGAGUGGGGGGACCGUCCCAACAGGUGAUGACACCUCAGGGUCGCGGAACAGUGGCAGCGGCUGCCGCAGCAGCCACCGCGAGCAUCGCGGGAGCCCCGACUCAGUACACACCGGGGCGCGGUGGCCCACCCCCACCCAUGAGCAGGGGAGCACCCCCACCAGGGAUGAUGGGACCCCCCCCAGGCAUGAGGCCGCCCAUGGGCCCACCGAUGGGCAUGCCCCCCGGCCGCGGUGCUCCCAUGGGGAUGCCCCCGCCAGGCAUGAGACCACCGCCCCCAGGAAUGAGAGGACCCCCUCCACCUGGCAUGCGUCCACCAAGGCCAUAAGAUAUUUUAUACCGUACCUUUCAACUGUGAGAAGACUGAUUAAGGAGAUAUACCAAGCAGUACCACCUGUCAAAUCUUUGCUAUGUAUAUUUUAUAUUUACUGCUUGUAAAGUUUGCCUCUUUUUAAUAAAGUUGGAAAACCCA